AUGGACUCCAAUCCCCCUGCCCAGCAUGUCUCUUCUAUAACGUCGCCGUCGAGCACUCUCAAGCGGUGCCGCUCCUCAGAUCGCUUCCAGAGAAAGUUCAAUCCCGCUUGUAUGCCACCAUUACCCCCAGUUCAGGGCGAUCUUAUACUCCAGGUCUAUACACACAAGUCUCUCCGCCGUCCCAAUGUUCCUCCGGCUGUGGGCGGCGACAACGAGGUUCUGUCCACGCUGGGAAGACCCGUUUUUGAAGUCGCGUUGACUCACUGCCUGUUCAGGAGGCGCCCAUUUCUAAAUGCGUCACAAAUAUCUAAAUCUCUCGAGAUUCUUUUGUCUAGCUCUAUGAUCGAUGACUGGGUUAAGUUUUAUAAGCUAAGAACUAGGUUGCUGUGUCACCCGAGUGUCUUUCCCUCGCUUCAGCUUCCCGAGGAGACGAGAUCUCUAUUUUAUGCAUAUGUUGGUGCCCUAUUCUUGUCUUCUGGGGUGCAGGCCGUGGAUUAUUGGGUUGCUAGCUUAAUUCAACAAGAGUUGCAUGUCCUCCCCCAUGCACUUGAGUCUGAAGCCGAUGCGAAACCGCAAGCGGAAAUACCGGCACCCAAGAGAGCAAAGAGCGAGCUCCCGUUUGCUUUAUCGUCUGCUAUGGCUCCUCCCAUUUUCUUUGCAUCGCAGCCUCCUCCUUCACCGCCAUUGCCAUCAGGGAUGCGACAUGCUGCGCCCAGUGGACUGCCACCCAAGCCUGCCCCGCCUACGAAUAAGCCGGCUGCUUUGCCGCCCAAUCCAAUGGCGCCAGCGCAGCCUAAUCUACCGUUCCUUCCGUUGUUCAAGCAAGCUGCUGCACAACGGCGGGUAACUGUAGACUACCUGGCAGAGUUCAUAGGGCCCUCGCACGCGGGGCAAUGGGUGGUGAAAUGUAUAGUCAAUGGCAUAUUCAAAGGAGAAGGUACGGGUGGGAGCAAGCAAUUAGCCAAGGAAGAUGCAGCCCGGAAGGCGUAUUACUCAAUGGGCUGGACAUAA